AUGAGUUAAGUAUAAAUAUCUUGUCCUAAAAUUUAAUAAGCCAAUCAAAAAUAUGAAAUGAGAAAAGAAAGAGAAAGGUAAAUGGUUAACCCAUUAUAAUUGUUUGUCUGUUUUGAAUAAAAUUAAAAGAAGGUAAUACCAUUGCGAAGUGUUAAAUAUCACCUAAAAAUAUAUAAUGGUCUUUAAAUCGUGCAAAUAGAAUAAAUAUUUUUAACAGAAGCCUUUAAUUAGCCAUUAGACCUAGAAUAUGUUUUUUCUAUCAACGAGAAUGCAGCUGUCACUAAAAUGAAAGUUGAAUUAGGAGAGUAAAUAGUUUAUGGAAUAGUGAAGGAAAAAGAAGAAGCAAAGUAAGAAUUUGAAGAAGGAAUUAAACAAGGAAAAACUAUGGCUUAUAGCGAAGAAGAUGAAUAAUUCCCAUAGAUAAAAAGACUCAAAAUAGGAUAACUUGCUCCAAAUAAAUAAUUAAGAGUGAUUUUUGAAUAUAUACAACCCUUGGAGGUGUAUUUGAACAAAUUUUGGAAAAUUGAUAUAUCUCCAAUAAUAGAUGAAAAUUAUUAAAAAAAUCAAUCUGAUACUCAAAUAGGGUUUAAUAAAAUUGUAAGAUAUUUAAAUGGUAUGUUUUAAUUGAAAGACUUUACUUUUGAGUACCAAUAAGACAUUGAGAUCGAGUUUGACACUGGAUCACCUAUCACUUUUUGGAAAUCUCCAACACAUUAAUUGCAUUCUACAAAUGCCAAAGAUAUUGAAGGUAUAAAACAAGAGAAUGGCAAAAGAUUAGUUCUUAAAUUAGAUGAUGAUAAUCCUGAAAGCUUUAAACCCUUAAAGAAAUUUACUCUAUUGUUUUCAUCCAAUGAUAUCAAUUUACCGAGAGCAAUACUGAGUCAUACAAAUAAUGAUGCUUUAUAGGUUUAGAAAUAUUGUGCCACAUUAACUUUCAUUUCCGCAAUUUAAUUAGAUGUCAUUAGAUGA